CACCCGCAAACACGCAAACACGGGGACAUUCUGGCAAAUGACUUGUUUUUGGUUUUCUAAAUUGUUUUAUUUUCCUUUGCGGCCAUUUUCUUUUAUUAUUUAGCGCGUUUGGGGUGUUGCAAAGUGUGGACAUUAUGUGGCCUGCUUUGGACAUCCUGCCCGAGCCCUUCUGCCAUAUGCUGAGUCUGUGCUUGUGUGCGGGUGUGUGUGUGUGGGAGCUGAGAGCUUAGCCCCUUAGCCCCUUUGUUUUUGAGGAAACAUUUAUAAAAAUGUAAGCUGAAAAUAAAAAAAGGAAGUGAUAUUUCCAACGGGAGAAGUUGCGAGAAAAUCCGAGAAAAAUAAAGACUUCAACUCCGCUUUAAUUCUUCACUGGAUGAUGAGCUACUCUGCCCCCACAUACUCCAAAGCCGCGCAGAGAGGAGAACAGAAGAGAGCAGAGCAGAGAACUCCAUUAUCAUUCACAACUCAUCCGAUUGUCAUUGUCUAUGUCUUCUUGACAUCCGCGCUGCUGACUCAAGUGGGUAGCAGCUGGAGCUUCAGGAGCCUCCGUCAUCGUCAUCUCAUCCUGGCUUACGAUUUUGUGCUUGCAUUCAUUUUUAAAAGGGGAGCACGCCCCAAGGGCAAUCUUAUGCAGGUGUACAGGAUACACGAAUACAUAUACAUAUGUGUAUACUUCAUUGUCUGCAACAAAUCAGAGUCGUUGUUCGUGCUCCUGCUCCAUCUCAAUCUCCAUCUAUAUUCUUCUCCUCCUCAUCUCUAUCUCGCCAUGCGCUAAUGGCACAAGGUGAGUUCUCUGGAAGA